GGUUAAAGUGAUUCAGGUACGUGACUGGGCAUCGAAUUAAAUGGAGCGCUGACAAGAAUUUUUCAUUUUUAUCGUGAAUUACAAUUUGUUAACUGUUUCAAAUUAAUAUCAACAGGUAGUUAAAACACUAUACAGAUGAAUAUACCUGCUUUUGCGUAAACCACUAUAGCUUCACCACAACAGAUCUGGUUUGUAUUUGUUUCAGCACACUGAAACUUUGAAUUACCAUAAAAGUAAUUAACAUGCGUUAUGGUAUAGACAUUCUACAGAUCAUUAGUCUAUAGGAAACACAUAACCACGUUGGCUUGGCCUACGUUGACCUUCCGUCAUAGAUAUUGAACAGUCUGUGGUGAUCUGGGGUUAAAAUCAUCGACACAGGCAUGGAGCAACAAAAGCAGACCCAAGGGGAGGGGGAGGCAGACACCCCGGUGGUGUUUGGGGUGGAGGACGUACCCCCGGUCCACCUGACCAUUUUGUUUGGUCUACAGCAAGCUGUAAUGUGUAUUGGGGGUUCGCUCUCUCUGCCAUUUAUACUGACAGCACUUCUGUGUCCGGUGGAUGAACAGGAGGUGCGCGCGCAGCUACUCAGCAUUACCAUGUUUAUGUGCGGUGUAGCAACAGUAUUACAGUGUUUCCUCGGAGUGAGGUUGCCAAUAAUUCAGGGUGGUUCUCAUACAUUUGUGGCUCCUAUUGUUGUCAUGAUGUCAUUAGAAAAGUUCAGGUGUCCAGAAAAAGGUUUUGAUGUUUCAUCGACGAAUGUUACGCAUGCUGAUUGGACAGACAGGAUGCGCGAGAUCCAAGGGAACCUGAUCCUUGCCUCCCUGACCCAGGUUGUCGUGGGGUCGCUCGGUCUGAUGGGGACCAUCCUCAGGUUCGUGGGUCCUCUAACCAUUGCUCCUACGAUCUCGCUGAUUGGUCUGUCUCUGUCACAUGUUGUCGCCAUGUUCUGUGAGACUCACUGGGGGAUCUCCAUGCUAACUUUGUUUUUCGUUCUGUUAUUCUCAACAUUCAUGAACAAAAUGGAAGUACCAAUUCCCUCGUUUUCACUCAGACGGAAAUGCCAUACCAAGAAACUUCCGGUAUUUCAGUUGUUUCCCAUUGUGAUUGCUGUCGCCAUUGUUUGGUUGUUUAGUUUCGUACUCACUGUCACAGACGUGUUUCCUAGCAACAGUACGGUCACCGGAUACAAAGCAAGGACGGAUUCAAAACUUGAAAUCAUGACUGAAUCUCCUUGGUUCACAUUGCCUCUACCGCGUACGAUUCAGUUUGGGGUUCCCACGUUUAGCUGGGCUGGAUACAUGGGGAUGAUGGCAGCAACAGUGUCCUCCAUUAUAGAGUCUGUCGGAGACUACUUUGCGGCUGCCCGAUUGUCUGGAGCCCCACUUCCGCCUGCGCAUGCUAUAAAUAGAGGGAUAAUGUUUGAAGGGGUGUCCAGCAUAAUUUCAGGACUUGUAGGAGCAGGACAUGCCACUACAUCAUACAGCGGGAAUAUUGGUAUCAUAGGGAUUACAAAGGUGGCCAGUAGGGCUGUAUUUAUAAUGGCUGGUGUGAUCCUGAUUAUCUGUGGGCUGGUAGGGAAGGUGGGGGCGGUCCUCGCCCUGAUACCGGAACCCAUCAUAGGGGGCACUCUACUUCUUGGACUAGGAAUGGUGGCAUCUAUAGGAAUAUCUGUGCUGCAGUUCUGUGACCUGUCCUCCACCAGGAAUAUCACAGUCCUGGGCGUGUCCUUCCUGAUGGGGCUGAUGGUUCCAGAGUGGCUGUCAGAAAACGCAGAAAAAGUCAAAACAGGUUCUGACGAAUUGGAUCAGGUGAUCCUCGUCUUGUUCGGGACAGCGUCAUUCGCCGGAGGUUUCAUUGGCUUCGUACUGGACAACAUAGUCCCAGGAUCAAAACACGAAAGGGGUAUAGACAGGUGGUUAAAAGUCUCGGACACUUCUACCCAGCAACCGGAAGCACAUAUUUGCAGAAUUUAUGACUUACCUUUUGUUAGUAAAUAUGUCAAACGGGUUCCAAUAUGCAGACUCUGUCCUAUCUCGCCGUCCUUUGCAGGGUUUAACUUUUUGUGUGGUAAGAGUUCAAGCAAAAGGGGGAGUUUUAGUGAGACUGUUAAUGAUAAGGACCCCAGUUUGCUCCCGUUACACGAAGACCUGGAGGUCAAGGUCAAUCGUCAGUGUGACAGCGAUUUGUAGAUCAGGAGCCUGGCACGUCCUUACGGUCUUUUACUUGAAGUGAUUGUAUGUAGAUUAUAUUAAAAUGAAAGUAGUAUUGUUAACACUUAAUUUUUAUAUUGGUUGUUAUUAUAUAUAAUACAAUAGAAUCAAGUUUUAUCUAAUUUUUUAUACCCAUUGGUUGCCUUUAAUAAAUUUUGAACAACAGUGCCUUUAAUAAAUUUUGAACAACA